AUGGCGCCUAUAAAUAUCAAUAGAUUCAAAACAUUAUUUCUACCACAUGGUCUCAUAUAUACUAUUUUAGCUUUAAUAAUCGUGUGUCUUACUGUUUUAACAAUCGUCUAUGCUAGUUUAUGGCAUAAUACUAAAAGUUCUUCAUAUACUUUUGUAAUUGCAAAUGGAAUUAUUGGUUAUCCUAUUCGUUUACCUAAUGAUGGUCGAUAUGUUCAAUGGAAUUUCUUACAAAUGAAUGAUGUUUAUGAAUUAUUACCACAAGAUAAAGGACGAAAAGGUGGUUUAGCUCGUGUUGCUUAUAUACAACAAUUAUUAAAAGAAGAAAAUCCAUAUACUUAUACAAUUCUUGCUGGUGAUCUACUUUCUCCAUCAGCUUUAAGUUUAUCAAGAAUUAAUGGAACAACUUUAAAUGGAAAACAAAUGAUAGCAACAAUGAAUACUCUUGGACUUGAUUUUAUAACAUUUGGAAAUCAUGAAUUUGAUUUAUCUGAAAUUGAUUUACUUACACGAAUGAAUGAAUCAAAAUUUAUUUGGAUUGGUACAAAUAUAUUUCGUCAAGAUAAUAAUCAAACAUUUGGAUCAAGUAUUUCUCAUAAAAUCAUUACUAUUGAUACUGUUCGAAUUCUUUUUAUUGGUUUAACACUUGAUGGAACUGGUAGUUAUGUUCGAAUUAUCAAUCAAUCAUCAUUAGUUAAUUAUGUUCAAACAUUUUUAAAAUUAUUUUCAAAUAAAACAUAUGAUGUACUUGUUGCUAUUACGCAUUUAGAUAUAGCAAUAGAUAUUGAACUUGCUUUAAAUAUUCCACAAAUUGAUCUUAUUAUUGGUGGACAUGAACAUGAAAAUUAUUAUUAUCUAAGAGGAAAAAAAUAUACACCAAUUUGUAAAGCCGAUCCAAAUGCUUUUACUGUUUAUAUACAUCGUUGUGCUUAUAAUUUAGAUACAAAACGUUUUCGUAUUUAUAGUAAUUUAGCACAAGUAACAUCUGAAGUACCAGAAGAAGAAAAUACAGCAACAGUAGCAAAUUAUUGGUUUAAUUUAGGUAUUCAAGGAUUUCAAGUAUUAGGUUAUGAACCAAAUACAAUUGUAUCAUGUCUACCAAAUGAUAUUGAAUUAGAUGGUAGAUUUCAAUCUGUUUUAAAUUUUACAACACUUUUAACUGCUUCAAUCUGUGAAAGUUUAUUACAAUUAACAAUAACAAAUAGAACAAUUAUUGGAAUUAUUAAUGGAGGAACAGUACGUAUUGAUGAUAUUCUUCGUGAAACAAUUACACAAUAUGAUAUUUUACGUGCAUUACCUUAUGGAAAUAUUGUUGUUGCUCUUUCUGUUCCUGGUCAAUUACUUGCUCAAGUUCUUACUACUGGUAUAUCUUUAAAAGGAAAUGGAAUGUUUAUUGCUUAUACUAGAAUAGAAACAUUAGAUGAUGGUAAAACAUGGUUAUUCAAUGGAACAGAUAUAUCAAAAAGUGGUCUUUAUUAUAAUAUAGCAACAACAGUAUAUGUACGAGAUAAUACACAAUUAAAUAAUUCAAAUGUAACUACUUUAUAUAAUACUAAUAUAACACAGACAAGAAGUUUAAUGGAAUAUUUAAAAGUUAAAUAUCCUCCUUGUUAG